GUUCGACGCUUCUUUUCUUGAUUUUUGUACAGUUCCUAGCUAACAGAAGUUUCAAAAUAAUACUCUACAUAAAAUGAUGUCCGAAGGUCCUGUUAUGUUCGAUACAGUACUCUAUGGUGUUAUCUCAGUCACGGUUGUCUCAUUAUUAUCCUUGGGUGGUGCAUGCAUUGGCCCACUAAUGACAAAAGAUGCAAAACAUCGAUGGCUACAUUUUUUUUUGGCAAUGGCCGUGUCUACACUGAGUUCGGAUGCAAUUCUACAUAUAAUUCCGCAGGUUGUCGGCGUCCAUGAUCAUGGGCACAAUCACGGACAUAGCCAUGAACAUCAUCAUGAGCAUACAGAUUUGGAAAAUGGAACAUCAGGACACGGGCAUAGUCAUCACCAUGAUGAUAGUGACCGCAUUAUGUGGUAUACCGUCACACCUGCUCGUAAAAAUCUUCUUCGUCUUUCUGUUAUUGUUCUCUCCAUCUACAUUCUCUACUUUGUAGAGUUUUUCAUGUUCUACAGAAAGACCCAUCUCCACUACUGUUCCCCUUCUACAAAGUCGCCAGUUAUUACAUCUUCAGUUUCCACACACUCUGACAUCAAAUCUUCAGCUUCAAAUCAUAGUAUAACUGGUAGCGAAGAAGAUAAUAAUAAUGAUUCAUCGAAAAAAGAAAGAAGAAAUAGUGUUGAGUUGGAGAAGCGCAGAGAGCAAGGAGGACACGAGCUGAUCAGUUUAAGAGAGGAUGGUGAUGAUGAUGGUACAGAGAUUUGCGGACUGAAACCCCGAGCAUUGAUAAUUUUAUUCGGUGAUGGUGUACACAAUUUGGUCGAUGGUCUUGCAAUGGGAGCUUCAUUCAUGAUUUCCGUGAAACUCGGAUUCAUAACAACCAUCGCAGUAAUUUGUCACGAACUUCCUCAUGAAAUUGGAGAUCUGGCGGUGCUCAUAGAUUCUGGGCUUUCAAUGUGUACAGCUCUUAUUCUAAAUUUAUUAUCUGCCCUGACUGCAUACGCCGGCUUGUUCAUUGCAAUCGUUCUGGGAAGAGAUGAAGAAAUUGAGACCAUCCUUCUGGCGAUCACAGCUGGAAUGUUUUUGUAUGUUGCCUGGGUGGAUAUGCUUUCACAUCUGAAACAUGAUUCUCUUAUGGCGGAUCACUGGAUGGUGACAAGUAUAUUACAGCUCUCUGGUUUCACAUUGGGCUUUGCGCUCAUUUUCGGAUUAGGAUGGUUUGAGCAUAUGCUGGAAGGAUAACAUUAACAUAUUCAAAGACAAAAAACGAUGAUAACGGGUUUACUUGAAAUGUGAUAAUAAAGUGAUUAUUCCAAAUGUAUUAUACUAAA